GGCAGCUGUUGGCGUGUUUCUUCUGCGCCGAGACUGAAAACGGCAUCAGUAGCAGACGGAGCGACGGGGCCAGCGACGCUUGACACCGGCACGGCAUGGGCGCCGACGACGACGCCGCCGCCGCCUCCGGCGGCGUGGCGGCGCGAGAGAGGGAGGCGGAGAUCGAGAAGGCCAUGCGCGCCCGCGUCGCGGACUUCAAGAAGCAGGCCGACUCCUUGACCCUUGAAGGCGUUAGGAGAGCACUGGAAAAAGACCUGGGUUUGGAUAUUUAUUCACUUGAUGCACAUAAAAAGUUCAUAAAGCAAUGUGUAGACAAGAUUUUUGCUGAAUCUGAUGAUGAAAAUGCAAAUGAUAAUGCAUCAGACGAUCCUGAAGCUAAAAAUGAUCAUUUAUCCAAAGAAGGGACAGAUAUUGCUAAACCAAUGCCUGUUUCAAACAAAACAUCCUCCAAUGCUGAUGUUGUAACAUCCAGCAAGACAGGAAAGGAUCUUGAAGGAGAAAAGGAUCAAACUUCUAGCGGUGAUAUUAGUGAAGACAUGAUAAAAGAAGCCAUUGAAAAAAGGGCAUCUUAUUUUAGAAAGAACUCUGAUACUCUUACUUUACAAGGAGUUCGACGUACUUUGGAAGAAGAUCUCAAGCUUCAGAAGAAAGCUUUGGAUGCCUAUAAGAACUUCAUUACUACAGAAUUAGACAGGAUUUUGCAAGAACCUGCAAAUGGGACAAAGAAAAAAAGUAAAAAGGGAUCUUCCAAGGAUACUGACCAAACAAGUAAAGGCUCUAAAAGAGUCCGUGAAGAAACAGAUAGAUCUGAAUUAAAUGAUAGCAAGAGUGAGAUGGAAGACAGUGACGAGGAUUCAAGGCCAAGAAAGAAAAGGGCAGAAAAGGCUAAAGUCACAAAAAAGCAGAAAAUAGUUACAAAGGAGAAGAAAUUCUCAACCCCAAAGGCUAAAAAGGUUGCAAAACAAGAUUCGGAUAGACGUACUGAAGAAAAGGGUGGCAACUCAGCAGAAGAGGAUAAUUCCCAUUCAUCCGCUGAGGAAGAUAACAAGAGAAAACGGCAACAGACUCCAGCUUAUGGGAAACAAGUAGAGCAUCUGAAAUCGAUAAUCAAGUCCUGUGGAAUGACAAUUCCACCUAAUGUGUAUCGGAGAGUCAAGCAAGCUCCUGAGAACAAACGUGAGGCCUGUUUGAUAAAGGAGUUACAGGAUAUACUUGAAAAGGAAGGAUUAUCAAAAAAUCCUUCUGAAAAAGAAAUUAAAUCAGUGAAGAAGAGAAAAGAAAGAGCAAAGGAACUUGAGGGCAUAGACAUGAGUAAUAUUAUUACUAGUUCUCGUCGGAGAAGUACAUCAAGUUUCAUACCCCUGCCGCCACCACCUAAAAUAGAAGUGGAUAGUGAUGAUGAAGAAGAAGAUGAUGAUGCAGAAGAUGAUGAUGAAGUAGAUGAGGAGAAUGUAAAAGGUGGAGAUGAAGACACCGAUGAAGUUGAUGAGGAGAAUGUAAAAGGUGGAGAUCAAGACAAUGAUGAAGUUGAUGAGGAGAAUGUAAAAGGUGGAGAUGAAGACAAUAAUGACACUGCCGAAGCUGGUGAUGGUUCUGCUGAUGCUGCUGAAAAGGAGAGCGACUGAUUCUGGCCCCAGAUAAGGCAGAAUCAGUUCUGACCAUAUAUAGGUUCAGCUUCAUGUUGACUUCCUCGUUCGUGGAUGGUCUGGAUGUAGCCAGUUGCUCCAUCUGAUGUUUAUUCAUGUGUGCGUGAUGGGAACAUUUGUUGGCUUCAGCUUUGGUGAAACAUGAGGAACAUAUUGUUCUUGUAGUUAUGUACAAUGUCACAUUCGUUCUCGUAGCACCUUGUUCGCGAUCGUGUAGAUUGCAAGAGUUGCAGAACAUAUAAGUUAGCAGUAAUCAAGUACUGAUUGGUUUAUUAGUUUCUGGUAUAAUAUAGACUUUUGUAGAUGAAGGAUUGGAAUUCCUCUGGGCUCAUGUUUUUGCUUUGUUUUUCUUAGGUAGUGUUUAGUUCCGAGGAAUCUGGGGCUUUUGAUGUUCUGAAUUCUGAUUGGCAUUGUGCCGUUGUGGCGUUCAAAAGUUGUCCUGUAGGCUGUAGCCUCUGUGAAAUCCA